AUGUCUUUUGGCAAUCAAACCAAAGAACGGCCAGUGACUUCCUUGCGAUUUUAUGUUCCUCUUCAACCUAUUGAUUUUGAGUCUUAUGAGGAUCCGAGAGCGAGUGCUUUUCAAACAUGUGUUGUUAAUUUUGAGGAAUUGAUGGCCAAAACAAAGAAAGUGCUUGGUAUAAAAAAGAAAAAACCCAAUAAUGACAAGAAAGUGAUUGAUGAUAGUGAAGAUGAAGUAGCAUUGUCAGGAUCGGAACUAUCAAAAGGAGGAGCUGUAGAAAAUGCGGAUCAAACAAACGGAGCAGCAGACUCUACAAUGAAAUCGCUACAGCCAAAAUUGAAACCAAACGAAGCUGAUGGAGAAGAUAUUACUAAACAACGAACCAUUGACGAUGAUAGUGAAGAAGAAGUAGUAUUUGCAACAGAGGACUCUAGCACUGAGGAUGAAGAUGCAGUUGAAAAGACAAGGAAAAGGCUCAAAAAGAACACCCUUCUUGAAGAGAAACUAAAACAAGUAUCAUUUGGUGAUGAGGAAGGAAGAAGAAGAAUUGCUGAGGAUUUAGAUUGGUUAGAUGAUUCAGGAGCACCAUUCUCCAAGUUGAAUUCUGUUAUUCACAGCAUUACACAGAGAGAAAGAAUGCUUAAAAAUCAGUUGACAAUGCAUGAACAGACGAGAAAAACCAGCUCUGAAUCUAGCAAGAAGAAAAAACCUGAAAAAGAACGAAAAAAACGUGACGAUGAAUACGACAGUGACGAUUCAUGGAUUGAUGACACUGAGUAUGACUUGAUGACAGACAUUCCAAUGCUACCUCCAUCAGAAUAUCAAGCAACAGCACCAAGUUUUACUCUCAAAAAGAAAGGAGACAAAAAGAAAAUUGAAGACGAGGAGGAGGAUAGCUCUGACGACUCUGGUGGUGAAGAAUCUCUAUCAGAAGACGACUCCGCAACCAAAAAAUUCCCUGAAGAUAUUGAAAAAGCUAUCCAAGAAUUACAAGAUUUAGCCACAGAAAAAGGUUUUGAUAAUACAAAAACAUACAAAACAAUACCAAUAGAGCUUAAUGAGGGCCUUAAAAAGUUGGCCAUGGAAAGAAUGAAGUAUUACAAGAAAGGUGUUCCCAACACAUUGCUGAGACGGUUGCAAAAGAUACCGCCGCUUAAUUUUGGGCCAAAAACGAUUAAGGAGAGAAUGAAAGCACUGAUUCAGGAAUAUGAAGCUGGUCAACAUCCUGUUGAGAUACAAACAUUGAAGGAUAGGCUAAAAAAGAGUUUAUUCAAGGAUAUGAAUGAAUGUUUAGAAAGAAAGGGCCAAAAAGGGGAGGCACUUUCUUAUUCAGCCGAGAAUUAUAUUACACUUCGGGAAAAGGUCAGAGAUUUAGAAGGGGCUCGAUUAAUCAAUUCACAAGAAACUAACGAUUUAAUGCGAACAAUUAUUAGAAAGAUUUUGAAACCAAACGGUGAGACAGCGGGCAAGAAAAAAGCCGAGGAAGAAAGUGAUAAAAAGAAGGAAGUGGAUACCUUCUUGAAGGAAUUGAAGUCAAUAUGGCCUACAAAAACAGAUUUGAUGAAAAAGGUUAGAUCUUUAUGCCCCGAGCUGGAACCACCAAAACCAGCCGCAUCAUCUUCAUCAUCAACAACAACAACAACGUCCACUUCUGCUGCAACAAGCUCGUCGAAACCCUCUUCUGACACAACAGAACCUUCUAAAGCAGCGUCUAGCGACAAGCAACCAGAGAAAACAAGCGACAAGAAAGAAAAAAAGGAAAAAAAAGAGAAGAAGGAAAAGAAGAAAGAAAAAUCAAAGAAGAAAGAAAGCAAUGAAGAUGAAAAGAAGAGAAAGAAAGAUGAAGAUGACGAUGGUAUCACGGCAAGAGUGGCAAGAAAGAAGAAGAAAAAGGAAUAG